AUGGAGGAAAACAAGGCAUUGAUGGCAGUUGUAGUGAUACAAUCAAUAUAUGCUGGAUAUUUCGUGCUUACUAAGCUCGCUUUCGAUGUCGGAAUGAAUACUUUCGUCUUCGUUUUCUACAGACAAGCUGCUGCCACUCUUUUCUUGGCCCCCAUUUCCUUCUUCUUCCUAAUUAGAAUAACGAUGAGCUUAGAUGUUGUUGGUGUGGCUUUGAAGUACAGUAGUGCUUCUUUGGGAGCUGCAACUUCCAAUACUCUUCCUGUUAUCACUUUCUUUCUUGCUGUUUUAUUCAGGAUGGAGAAGGUGAAUAUAAAGACAAGUCCAGGAAUUAUGAAAAUUGCAGGAGUGGUCCUUUGCAUAGGAGGAGUGGCAACAAUUGCUUUUUACAGAGGCCCUUUAUUGCAAAUACUAAUGCACCAUCACUUGAUUAACAUUAAUCACUUAUCAGAUCAGCAAUUAUUAAUCCAGCACCAAAUCCCUGAUACCAAAACCUGGAUUAAGGGUGUCUUUCUCAUGCUGCUUUCCAACAUUACUUGGGCAUUGUGGCUUGUUUUACAGGGGCGAGUACUAAAGAGCUAUCCUUCGAAGCUGCUGUUGACAACAAUGCAGUGCUUAAUGAGCACAGUACAGUCAUUCAUAGUAGCUUUAGCAUUUGCAAGAAAUCCUGCCCAGUGGAAACUUGGAUGGAAUAUCAGGCUUAUUUCAGUUGCCUACUGUGGAAUAGUGGUGACUGGUAUUACAUUUUACCUACAAGCAUGGGUGAUUGAGAAGAAGGGUCCAGUCUUUCUAGCCAUGACCACUCCACUAAUCAUGGUUAUUACAAUCAUCAUUUCUGCAUUCAUCUUUGGUGAAAUUAUUACUUUCGGAAGUAUUUUGGGAGCGCUUCUAUUGGUUGGAGGGCUUUAUUUCGUGCUAUGGGGAAAGACCAAGGAGGAAGCAAGGGCAAAACAGUCAAUUCAAGGGACCAACGACGACGUCGAGAAAGCGUGUGAAGGAUGA